CCUACCUUCUAUGCAAGCUAUGCAGCUAUGCAAGUAAAUAAAAAUGCACAGACCAGAGUUGACUAAGAAAAUGUUCAAGUCAGGUAAUUUAGAAUUUACAGCAAAAACCAAAACCAAAACCAAACUGCCCAAACUCCGCGCUCUAAAUCUCAACCGAUUACAACAGGGUCUUUCCCAUCAUGUCUUUCCGGCUCUAGUAAGCGUCUCACGAGCAACCACACCUUUCUCGAUUGAGGUCCUUUUCGGGAAACCUGUCGUGAACUUAGCGGAACUUAGCUCCAUUAGUUUUAGUUCUUAGGUCCGAAUAACAUCUGAAACAAUCACAUCGAUUGAUUGACUGGCCAAGCUACCGCCAUCUUUGGAGCGUUGUGUCACCCAUAAGCAUCGUUUGCAAGGCACCCUCUAGGACUCUUCCCCCUACUGGACCUCCCCUACUGGGCCUCCCCUAUUGAACCUCUUACUGGAACCGUCCUGUUCAAAAAUGUUGGGCUCGAUAGUCAGUUUCGUGCCAAACGCGCACGAAAUCGGUCCGCCACCUAAGGACGUUCCGCCAGCUACUCCUAUCAGAUUACCACAGUACAAGCCUCAAUCAUCUGACGCAACUUCUCACCCAUCCCUUGUCCGUUUUCUGCAACAGCUGCAGCGUCCUAAUGAGCUUAACGAGUCUCACUUCGCCGCUCUUGGCGUUCAGUUACAUUCUGAUGCCCCGCCCGAGGAUAUUGUUCCGGACCCGUCCUUCUUGCCCAUAGCCUCCGAAUGGGUCGACAUCGACUUAGACGAGGCCCGGCGUAGGGAUCCAACUUUCCGGCGCCCUUUAUCUAAUGGAAGGCUUUCUCCUGAAGCCCGUGUCUUCAUGGACCGCCGUACUGAGCUUUCUAUACCAAAUCAGGCCGCUUUUCGGACCAUCCGUCGUAUCAAGCCUGAACCAGGGACUCAAGCGCCGCGGCUCGGGAAUUGCUAUGAGUUCUUCAGGCAGAUGGAGUUGAUGGCGCAGUACUGGGAUGACACCUCCUUACCGCCACUCUCAACUGAUAGUCAAGACGAGUCAUCACCUACCGACCCAAACUCCGAGCCACCAGCUACUGCUGCUUCGUCCGAGAACUCGGAAAUCAAGCCCAAGACCCCUGAGCGAGUUACUUACCGCACUAAUAGCGGCUCUAGCAUGCCGGCCGAAUUCCGCCACAACUUAAUCUCGUCUUUCGUCAAACUUGUAGCCUACGACUUCGGCUGCAAUGUAGUCCCGCCGAGAGUCGAGCCUCGUUUACAGUUGUUUUCGCCUCCGUGUAAAGUGGUUUCGAAAUCAAAGGUGCGAUACUACCCUCAAGUAGCAUCUUACUUUCCAUCCGGAUGCGUGUUUCUGUGUAAGGCGCCCAUGACCCGCGAAGCUGCUCGUGCGGGUAUCGUCGAAGGCCCCAUAGCAGCGGUGUCGGCGCGUAACACGACCAAUUUCCCCACUUCGGCGGAGGCAAAUUUAGAUUUCGGGCGGGAGCUUGUCGCGGCGCUGAUUACCGCACAACACCGUUCCCGCGAAGGUCAGCCCGAAAAGCGGUUCGGGGAGGGUAAAUGGUGGGCCACGGAGAAGCGCUGGGGUGGAGGCGAAGGUGGUCCCAUAGGACGGGAGAUCGACGGCGACUCCAUCGUAGGCGACAAGGAUUCCACCAGAUCCAAUCCCGAGGAGUUGGAAGGUGUGAAGCCGGUGCCAGUGCCAGAAACUACUGGCGCUACCAGAGAGAUAAAAGUAGGGGGCAAGACGGUGCUCAUCCCCGUGCGCGGGCAGCCCGUGAACAAGAAGCCGCGUAAGAACCUCAGCAUCUACGAUAGCUACCGCAUGGUGCGACUACCGUCUUCGAACUGGGACAAAAAGACCAAGUACACAGCCGUCGGUAAGAUUAAGGGCGUCGACUUCGACGACGUAUUCGUGCUCAGCAGCCUGUACCACCACAUGUGCGUGAUUCGCGUGCGCGUGCCUAAUCGCCUGCUCGAGGUGUUCUCUGGCGCGCCGGACGGGAAUGUCAAAGUUGAAGCGGGAGGGGGGAAGUCAAAGAGCUGGGGCAAGCUAGAGGCGUGGCGCAGCAACUGGUACGACUUAUUCAUCAUCGAAGAGCGGCUCGAGGCCAUGCGCCUACUCUGGGGGAUGAUGGGAUGGGUUAUGCGCACAGAAGAUGAAAGCGGAAGCGCAAACGCGGGCGAGGACGUCGUCAUGAAGAAUGCUUAAAGGUCUACUCUAGUCGAGUUUAGACUUACUCUGGAUUAACUACUCGAGCGCCAUCCUAGGUAUGGGAGUCACAAGCUCGAGUUACGAAGGCAGUUACUUCUUAUUGGAUCUAGAGUAUGCGGCGGCUAGGAUGUCUAGCGCCCGUCUGAUAGACAUGAAUGAAGCAUAUGACGAAUAGUAAUAGUAUGAAAGCUACGUUCCUUUAUUUUACCUCUAUUUAGCCCAUCCCCGGCUCGUUCUUAAGCAGGGAUACUGCGUACCAUCAAAGCCUUAGCCUUCUUUAUAGAGCAUAGUUAGUUAAUAGUUAUCUACCAAUGUAGGUACUGAUAUGAACAUCUGGUGUUGUUAGUAAAAAGUAUAGUUAGGUAACCUAGACAAUUCGAUAUGUUAACUAUUAAUUUCUGCAAUCUU